GUACUUCAUUUAAAUCAGAGACGCGAAACGAGAGUCGGCUUCGGUUUCGUCGUUGGAGCCUUCGUGGUUAUGAUUCAUUAACUGUCUCUUUAGAUGACUGUGUGCUAUAUUGGCCGGUCGAAGAAUGUGUGCUAAAAUUGGCCGUUCUUCCUAAUUUUAAUUUUCUAGAAAAAUUGUAG